UUUUACAUAACAGUGGGGAUCUGUUCGGCAGAAGUAUCAUUCUUAGCUGAAGAUGAUACUAAUCCCAAAGCUAUUUCCACAAGAGAUACAUGCAGGAAAAUUAUGACUACUAUUGACAAGGAAUAUAGUAUAGUUCCCCUACAUAAAAGGCCAGAUUUAAUUUCAGACUGUUGUACAUUACUUAAUUCUGAAUGGCCAAGAAGUGAAACUGCACGGUUAAAAUAUCUGAAUGUAUCAUGCGAUGAAUUUCCCACAUGUCUUAUACUCAUUAAUAAAGAAGACAGGGUCCUUGGUCAUUGUAAAAUAUCUUUGAUACCUAGAUUACGUCAUAGUUGCCUUAUACAAUCAGUAAUAAUUGAUUACCAAUACAGAUCUCAGGGUUUUGGAUCUAAACUUUUACAUGGAGCUGAAGAAUAUGUAGCAAGAAAAGGAAUUAAAAAUGUGUAUUUAAUAACCAAAGGUCAAGAAGAUUUUUACCUUAAAAAUGGAUAUAAAACUUGUGAUCCAUUUAAAGCAUCUGGAAUUAAUGAUGUUGUAUAUUCUAAUGCAGCAUUUACUAAAGCAAAACUUAAAGAGAAAAGUACACAAUGUUGUGGCCCACCACCUCCUCCAAUGCCAAACUUUCAAAUGCCAAAAUUUUAUGAUUUAGGUGUCAUAACACACAGAACACAUAUGGUAAAAAAAUUAACAUCGUUAUAG